CUGACGUCAUCAACCGGUGUGUCAUCUUGAACCAUAUUAUAACCGCGGUACAUAACACAGAAAUUUUGGUUAUUCGCUUGGAUUUGAUUACGUCCGACGACACCCUGGUAGCCCUGCAACUAUCAUAGUACAUUAAAAAAAUAGACUCUAAAUAAUAACAGCUACAUUGAUAAAUCCUCUGUUGCCCCUGCUAUGAUACACCUCUGGUUUUGGAGUCUGCGUGUGAAUAGAUCAUCAGAGUGGGGUAAAAGCCGGUUUAGAACAGUGACUGGAAGGAAAAACAUUUCGUUUCAUAAAAGCCGGUCACACGUUGCACGUAACCGUCUUCGAACACAUUAAAACACCUCUGCGAUAUCCACGCUAGCAACGACAGUUUCUCCAAAAACUAAGUACUAACUUGUGCCAAACAAGCCUUUAGGCACUGAUGACAGCGUAGCGUGGGAAGUAAAAGAAGAAAGAUGCCUGUCCCAGCAAUCGGUAAACCAGCGCCCGUUUUCCAAGGAACAGCUGUCGUAGAUGGCAUGUUUAAAGAAAUAUCCUUGAACGAUUACAAAGGAAAAUACGUUGUCCUUUUUUUCUACCCAUUGGACUUCACGUUCGUCUGCCCUACAGAAAUCAUUGCCUUCUCGGACCGUUUCGAUGAGUUCAAGAAGAUCAACUGUGCUGUGGUAGCAUGCUCGACUGAUAGCGAGUUCUCGCAUCUCGCCUGGAUCAACACAAGUCGCAAAGAGGGAGGUUUGGGACAGAUGGGCAUUCCCAUUCUGUCUGACAAGUCCAUGAAAGUUGCUAAGGACUAUGGCGUGCUCAAUGAAGAGACUGGUGUGCCAUUCAGAGGUCUUUUCAUCAUCGAUGGAGCUGGCAACUUGAGACAAGUCACAAUCAACGAUCUGCCGGUGGGUCGUUCUAUAGACGAAACCUUGCGUCUGGUCCAAGCCUUCCAAUUCACUGACGAGCAUGGAGAAGUAUGCCCAGUUGGAUGGCAGCCUGGCAAGAAGACCAUGAAGCCUGAUCCAACUGGUAGCAAGGCUUAUUUCAAAGAAGCCAACAAUUAAACAUAUAUCAUCCGUAUCAUAUUUACUCAGAACACCUUCCCAAUAUUCGUUUUUUUUUUCAUUGGGCUGUCCAAGCUCGCUAUACCGGUUAAGUAUUUGUUAAAGUUUCUUUUCAUUUCGGAAAUAAAUAGAUUUAAGUUUUAAC